AUGUCUGACCACCCAGCAGGCUCUAGGAUGUCUGUGCCCCAGAUCCAAGUGGAAGAGGUGCUGGUGGGGGAAGAGGUGCUGGCGGGAGCAGCCCCGCCUCCUGACGACCACCUCCGGAGCCUGAAGGCCCUGACAGAGAAACUGAGGCUGGAGACCCGCAGGCCCUCCUACCUGGAAUGGCAGGCGAGGCUGGAGGAGCAGGCCUGGCCCCUCCCCAGGCCGGCUGCUGAGCAGCGGGAGUGUGGGGAGGAAGAGUCCUCCCCGCCAAGAGAGCCCAGGCAGCACCCGCCACCCAAUGCAAGUGCCAGCCAGGAUGCCGGGACCGGGGCCACGGGCAAGCUGGAAGGCUUUGAGAAUAUCGACGAGGCCAUAGCCUGGCUCCGGAAGGAACUGAUGGAGAUGCGGCUGCAAGACCAGCAGCUGGCCAGACAGCUCAUGCGCCUGCGCAGUGACAUCAACAAGCUGAAGAUCGAGCAGACCUGCGACCUCCACAGGCGGAUGCUCAACGACGCCACCUAUGAGCUGGAGGAGCGCGAUGAGCUGUCAGACCUUUUCUGCGACUCCCCACUGGCCUCCUCCUUCAGUCUCUCCACGCCACUCAAGCUCAUUGGAGUCACCAAGAUGAACAUCAAUUCCCGGAGGUUCUCCCUCUGCUGA